CACGCCCGGAAGUGACGUAGGGGGCAAGGCUGGGGUUGGCGUGCUGUUGCUGCAGCUCUCACCGAGUUGGAGUAGCUCCCUACUGUGGAGUCUACCUCGCAGGGUUCUUGUGAGGAUGAUAGGGGAGAGGAGAAGCCUUCCCCAGUGCACCUGCAGCUCCUGCGCUCAAAAAGCAGCCCACGACUAGUGUUUGUCAGCGAGCCGAGAGGAGGUGGUCUUGGGGGCGCAAGCAAGACUGGUCCCCUUAUAGCUAAGCAGGGUCCGCCUGGUUUGCAUAUGAAAGAGAGACUACAUGUGUGAGCAAUGAGCCCAGAGCGGUGUACUCCAGUUUCUCCUCACCACAACCCUGUGAAGGAGGCUAGGCUGAGAGAGAGAAGGGACCGGCCAGAGUCACCCAGGUGAGCAGCGACAAAGCAGCCCCUCGUGUCCUCCUGCAUUCCUCCGAGUGACAUCUGACGCGGCGGGCAGUUGGACAUGCAGCCUCCGCCCCAGGCCGUCCCUCCCAGGGCAGGAGGCCCCCCUCCUCUGGCCACGGCACGGAAUGCAUACUGGCGGAAUGGCCCCUUCGGCAGGAGGGGCAACACACAGGUCUCCUCAGCGGCUGGCCCGGUGCCGCCUGUGACGGACCCCUUUGCCUUCGGCAGGCAAGCGCUGCCCCAGGGCUCCCUGCUGGGCAACGCACCCAAAGGCAACCCCCCAGCGAUGCCGGGAUUUCCUCCGAUGACCUUUGCUCCGGCGGCGGCAGCUCCUCCUCCACACGCUGGGGACAAUCCGCAUGGCCUGCCCCCGCCUUGGCCUGCCCCUCUCUCUCAGCCCGGGGCAAGCGGCACACCCUUGACUAUGGGGGGCCCCCUGCCGGCCUUGCCGGCACACAUUACGAACAGCAGUGCUCAGGGGCAUCCUCGCGUCGAGCGGGGCGGAGCCAGCCCUCCAGGACCCGCUCAUUCCCUGGGAGGCGCCGCCCUUGAGCAGUCUGCCGGUGGCUAUGCAGGCUUGGCUUGGGUGCCAGGCAGGCCUCUGAGUCCGCAAGAAGUGGGCAGGAGCUCCAGCCACCCCAGCGCAGCAGGCCCCGCCUCCGCGCCCCUCUUCCCUCCUGCCCAGCAAACGGUGCCUCAGUGGAAGCCUCUCCAAGGGAGUGGGCAGCCCCCAGGGCCUGCCCCUGCUCCCUACGCGGAUCCGUCGCCCCCCCUGGCCUUCUACUCGGCUCCUCCUCAGUCUGGGGCUGACACGUCCCGGCUGGGUCCCCACCCGAGUCCUCCACUGCAGCCCCCAGCUGUUCCAAACGCCACCCAGGCACCACGGAUGUUUGAGGAGGCGCCCAGCAUGGCCGGCCCCCACAGCUCAGCCCAGAAUUCGGCUUGGCAAAGCGCAGGCGUGGCCAGUCCCUGGCAAGGCCAGUUCCCUCAAGAGCACUUUUAUCUGCAGCCGCUGGAAACCACCCGCACCCUCAGCCACGCCCCCACUCAGGAAAGCCGCCCCUCGGCGCAGCCUCCUGGCGUGUCCGAAGCAGCCAGUGGGCCGGGCCCGGCGGAGGCAGAUUCAGGGACAAUCUCGAUGUUUUUCAAAGGGGACGAGGCGGAGAACGAGGAGAUCCUUUCGCUGGAAAAAACCGAUCCGGCUGGCCAAGCGGAGCCCGGCGCUUUCCAGCAGACGAUGGGGCACACGUAUUACCAGCCACUGCACCCCCAGCAGCUCCCAGCGGCUGCUCUCUCUCAGGCGCAAGCGAAUCCCGUGUCGACAGCUGAAACGCUGCAAAGGGGGGCGGACGCCCUGCAUCCCCCCAGAACUGCAUAUGGGCAACGUGAUCUCCAGGCCACUCCGCGUCCCGCCUGCUUCCCUGAAGACAAGGCGGGCCUGCCUGAAGCACGCGGCCAGUACGAGAACAAUGAAAACCUGGAGUACGUUCAGAACCAAGAAGUGCUGCCAAGCGAGCUGCCGGCCCACAGCCGUUCGCCCCCCAGCGUGCCUUCAGACCCGUACCGCUACGCCUCCUUGCUGGCCCCCUUGCCGCCAAAGAACAGCCCGACGAACCACCUGGAAGGAGGGCCGAACCUCGAAGCGCCCGACUCGUUACCUCAGCCCGUCCGGCCUGACAGCGUCUCUUCCAGCUACAGUAACUUGAGCCACCGGAGCGUCUCCGGCUCGGCGCGGCCUCAGGAGCCGGGCACGUUCAUUCAGCAGGAAAGCGGGAAGCCCGAGGAGGAGGCCUCGGCCGGGUUCUUCAUGCAGAUCGACUCCUCCCCGCUGAGCCUUGCCGGCGAGCCGAACCCAGCCUACCCCAGGGGCCUCUCCCCGAGGCCCACGCCAAGCCCGCCGAAACCCACGGGCGUGUUCCAGCCCAGUGCAAACAGUUCGUUUGAGCCGGUCCGGUCCCACGGGCCGGGCGUGAGGGGUGUGGAGGUGGACCAGGCCAAGAUGGUGGUGGAGCUGCGGGGGAGUCGCCCCAACCAAAGGAGCUCCAAGAAGAGCCCAGCCGCGCCGGCUGCCUUUCCGGGGAACCUCGAGCAGCCUCCCGACAACCUGGAGACCCUUUUCCCGCCCCAGGCCCAGCCCUUGCCUCUGACGCUUGCCGGGGAUGCCGCCAGUGUGCUGGUGCCGCCCAGCGUGGGGGGACCCCUGGGGGAGAACGCACAGCCGGCCCCCGAGAAGAGGCCGUCGGCCAGGGCGCAGGGAGCCACCAAGAAGUGCGAGUCUCCGGCCACAACGCUUUGGGCCCAGAACGAGCUGCCCCACUUUGGAGGCAACGUGCUCCUCGCCCCAGCCGCCCCUGCGGUCUACGUGCCAGCCAAGCCGGUGGUCCAGCCCCCCGAUGAAGGGGCGCCAAGCCAGUCGCUGGGCAAGCCAGGGGCCCUUCCCCACCCACCGCCGCCUCCGGCCGGGACCGCCGCCUCCUCUGAGAACCAGGAAAACCCUCCCAAGAUGGGGGCUGAGGAGGCCCUUCGCCCGCAGGCCAGCUCGGGUUACGCCAGCCUCCUCUCCUCCCCGCCCACGGAGGCUCUGCAGAACCCGCCGGUCUUGAUUGCCCAGCCGCAUCAAAGCGCAGCCUUGCCUCAGCCGGUGAAUUUCUCCCUUGCCAAUCAGCAGCGGCACAAGAGUGGCUCUAGUCCCUUGGCGAAAGAUCCCGCCGUGAGCCAUCCGCCCUUCGUCAGCACGCACCGUAGCGCCAGCCCUUUGGCGGGAAACCUCCGGGCAGCGCAGCAGCCCGGCUCCUUGGGGCACCCGCCUGCCUCUGCCCAGACCAAUCCGUGGGAUUCGUUCCCAAGCCCUCUGGGCGCUUCGGAAGCGACUCCGCCAUCGGCGGGCUUGCUGGCCCAGCCUGCCUCUCAAGGCCCACUCAACUUGGCGGCGGAGAGUCGGAAGGCCCCCCCUUGGGAAGGGCUGCCUCUGGAGUUGGCGAGCAAGCCCGGCUCGAAUGCUCCUGGGUCCCCGGGCACCAGGGAGCCGCCCCAGAGCCCUCCCCAUCAGCCCCACAGUCAAGAGCCUCCCCGAGUGCUGGACACCAAGACCCCGGAGCAGAGUGGUGUGGGCAGUGGUGCCCAGGGGCCGGACCCGCCGCUUCCCAGUCAUGCCAGCCUGGGGGAGCCUCCGCCUCGCGGCCAGCAGCACUUCUACCCACAAGUCACGAAAGACACCCACCCUCCGGUGGGGGCGCCAUCCCAGAGAGCCUUGCAGCAGCAGCAGACGGCGUCAUCGUUGCCGAGCGGCCUCCCUCCGCAGGGGCCUCUGGCUCCUCCAAGCCACCAGGCCCCUCCUGGCCUGGCCCCCGACCACAGGCCUGGCCCGGCUGGCCCCCUCGGAGGGGCUUCCUCAGCAGAGCCCCCAGCUAGCCAGCCGGGCCCUUCUCCGGCUCCCACCGGCCAGCCUUCUGCCUCCACGUCUGCUGGCGCCGGCCACCCGGCUGGACCCCCCUCGCAGCCAGAGCUGCAGCAGCCCCACCCUGCCCAGAAUGCCUUUGGGCCCCCGCCCCACCCGUACUACUACUACUACCACCGGCCCCCUCCCGAUGCCUAUGCAGUGCCCUACCCAGCGCCCUAUCCUCCCGUGGAUCCCAGGACCGCUCAGCUCUACUAUCAGGAGGAUGCCUACGGCAGAUAUGACUACCAGCCCUACAACAGCAGCGCAGCCUACACGGGCCCCGCCGACUACCACUACAUGGAGCCCGAGCGGCCCAGCUCCAGAGCCAGCCACGCCUCCGACAGGCCUCCGUCCAGGCAGGGGUAUCCUGAGGAUUAUUACAGCGCCAAAAGCGGGUGGAACGAUUACUACGCGGGCUACUAUGCGAAUCCCUACGAAUAUGGAGAUCCAAACCGCUUGGACCGUUAUCCCUCGGCCUACGAUGCCCGGUUCAGAGACCCCAGGACCUAUGACCAGAGGUACUGGUGUGAUGCUGAUCAGCGCCUCUACCAGAAGAGAGAGGCUUAUGGAAACAGUCAGGACCGGUACGACCCCUGGCAGUACGACCCCCGUUUCGCCGGCAGCUUCGAUGACGACCUGGAGCCUCGCCGGGAUCCGUACGGGGAGGACUUUGACCGGCGCAGCGUCCACAGCGAGCACUCUGGCCACAGCCUGCGCAGCUCCCACAGCGUCCACAGCCGCCAGAGCAGCUUCAGCUCUCGCUCCCAGCAGAGCCAGCUCUACCGGAGCAGCCACGACCUGACAGCCGGUGCCUAUGAGGUUGUGCCCCAGCCAGCUUCGCUCCACACGGAGUACUCCUACGGGGGCUACGACCACUUGGACAGCCAGCCCCCUUUCACGGAUUACAGCUACUCGGCCCACACGGCCUGGCCCGCUGCAGAGCAAGUCCCUUCCAGGCCUCUGACGCCAGAGAAGUUUUCCGUGCCUCACGUCUGUGCGCGGUUCGGCCCUGGCGGCUACCUCAUCAAGGUCCUGCCCAACGUGCCCUCGGACGGACAGCCGGCUCUGGCUGAGAUUCACAGCAUGGAGAUGGUGAUGCAGCAUUCUUCGGAGCAAGAGGAGAUGAGAGCAUUCCCGGGCCCGCUAACCAAAGACGACACCCACAAAGUGGACGUCAUUAACUUUGCCCAGAAGAAAGCCACCAAGUGCUCUCAGGACGACUCUCUGAUCGACAAGGCGUCUGCGCGGCUCCUCUGGGACUUCGUGGUCCUCCUCUGCCGACAAAACGGGACAGUGGUGGGCACCGACCUUGCUGAGCUGCUGCUGCGGGAUCAUAAGACCGUGUGGCUGCCGGGGAAGUCGCCCCACGAAGCCAACUUGAUUGACUUCACCAACGAGGCUCUGGAGCGCGUGGAAGAGGAGUCCGGGGAGGCGCAGCUGUCCUUCCUCACCGACAGCCUCCUUGCCACCAUCGACGGCCUGGAGAAGGAGACGGAGAGGUUCCGAGAGCUCCUGCUCUACGGGCGGAAGAAGGACGCCCUGGAGUCGGCCAUGAAGCACGGCCUCUGGGGCCACGCCCUGCUGCUUGCCAGCAAGAUGGACAGCCGGACGCACGCCAGAGUGAUGACCAGGUUUGCCAACAGCCUUCCGAUUAAUGACCCCCUGCAGACGGUUUACCAGCUUAUGUCCGGGAGAAUGCCGGCGGCGUCCACAUGCUGUGGAGAUGAGCGAUGGGGAGACUGGAGACCCCACUUGGCCAUGGUCCUGUCCAACCUGACCAAUAACAUGGACGUGGAGUCGAGGACCAUCACCACCAUGGGCGACACGCUGGCUUCGAAGGGCCUCCUGGACGCCGCCCACUUCUGCUACCUGAUGGCCCAGGUCGGCUUUGGCGUGUACACCAAGAAGACCACCAAGCUGGUGCUGCUCGGCUCCAAUCACAGCUUGCCCUUCUUGAAGUUUGCCACCAACGAAGCCAUUCGGAGGACAGAAGCCUACGAGUACGCGCACUCCCUGGGCCCUCAGCCGUGCUGCUUGCCCAACUUCCAGGUGUUCAAGUUCAUCUACGCUUGUCGGCUGGCCGAGGUGGGCCUUGCUGCCCAAGCCUUCCAUUACUGCGAAGUGAUCUCCAAAGCCAUCCUGAGAAGUCCCUGCUACUAUUCGCCUGUUCUGGUCAGCCAGCUGAUCCAGACCUCUGCUCGGUUACGGCUCUUUGACCCUCAGAUGAAGGAGAAGCCCGAGCAGGAGCUCUUCAUUGAGCCCGACUGGCUAGUCCGGCUUCGACACUUGGACGGGCAGAUCAAGGAGGGCUCCAUCGCGUACAGCGCCGGCAGGUCCACACCCCAGCAGUACGCCUGCAGCACGCCCAGCUCCGAGCUGGACCAGGCGAGUCCACACGAGGGGCUGGGAGCUGGCCCGGAAGCGAGCUCCGGCCCGGAGAACCCGCUGCUGGCCUCCUUGCUGCCGAGCAUGGGGCACCCCCUGCAGAGCGUCCAGCUGAUGCCUUCCGCUCCUCAGGCCAUGCUGGACAGCUCGAGCUCCCAACACGAGCCGUGGGGCCCUGCUCCGUUCGGCUCCAUGGCGGGGCCGGGACCCGGCUUUCCAAACGCCCAGCCGGCUGAACAGGGCCUGCCUCCGUCCCUGCGGGCGCAGGGGGGGCCCCUCGCUGGCUCGCCGGCUCAGGCGCAGGAACUGCCGCUCCAGGAGCAGAUCAGCCAGGAAGCAGCAGUGCAGGGCGUCUCUCGGGAUUCUCCGCUUUGGAAGGCCGCGCCGGAGCCCCGGAAGGAGGAUUUCUACGAGCAGAUGGCCAACAUGGGCGCAGGCUGGCGAUCCCGCUCUGCCUCCCAGUCGUCCGCCCACAUGGGCUUUGGGCGGCGAUCCCGGACCACCUCGGAGUCCUCCGUGCAUUCUGUCGGCCGCGAGCGCAGGAACUCGGCCACCAAGCCGCAGCAGCAGCCCUCUCCGCCCCCGCCAGCCAUCCCCGAAGGGCAGGAGAGCAAAAAGCAGGCCACCAAGCAGCCGGCGUACCAAAAGGGGGGCUCGACGUGGUUUCAGUGGCUGUGGAAAAGCAAGAACGAAGCCCACCUCCCCGACGACAAGAACAAAUCCAUUGUCUGGGAUGAAAAGAAGCAGCGCUGGGUGAACUUGGAUGAGCCAGAAGAAGAAAGCAAGCCGCCCCCGCCGCCUCCAAUGGGCUUCCCUCAGGCGCCACAGGCAGCCCCCUCUGGAGCAGGCAGCCCUCCCGGGGCCUCCGUCAACUCCUUCUACAGGAAAGCAGCGGGCAGCAGAGCGCGCUACGUGGACUUCCUGAACCCCGGCGGGGCCAAGGUGCCUGCUGCUGGCCCCCCGCUGGCCCCCGCAGACCUCUUUGCCCCCCUGGCCCCCAUGCCCAUCCCGGCAAGCCUGCUGGCGCCGAGCUCAGUUCCAGAAGAGCAGCAGCAGCCCAUGGAAGGCCAGACGGCAGAAGAGCAGAUGACGCCGGGAAGCCAAAGCACCCCCGAAGUAGCUGCAGGGCCCCCCUACUUGAAUUCUGCCUCGUUUCCACCCGGCUCUGAGCUGCCUCCCUCCAACCCUGACGGUUCCCCGUCCGGAGAGCUUUCGCGCUCUAGUUCCCUGAGUUCAUUAUCCCGUGAAGUAAGCCAGCAUUUUAAGCAGCCCCCUUUGGGAGGACCCCCCGCCGGAACUGUCCAGUUCUACAACCCUUCUCAGUUCUCACAGUCUGCUGCAGCUCCAGGAAGCUCAAGACUGGGCAGAAUUGGACAGAGAAAAUACCCCACCUUAAAAUAGCAUCUUCUGUCUGGGCCGACAUGUAUGGAUUUCCAAGGAAUGACUCAAGAUCCCCUGGCACAUAGAAUGCACUCUUUCUCAUGCUAAGAGGAUGACCGAGUGGUGUGGGUUUCCCACUGAGGCUCUUGCCUGCACAAAUGGCCCGACACACGCCCUGUUACGUCAACCCUGGUUGGCACGUUCUGACUUGGGAGGCACGAAGCAAGGGGUGGGCCACCAGCCAGUGGCUCACCUGCGCGCCAUUGUACGAAUCAGACGGAAAGCACAGGGCUGGUCUUUCCUUUCGGCUGAUGAUGUUGCUAGAAUUUGGAUACGCUUCAAUUAUUUGUGUAUUCCUUAAAAAGAGAAGAAAAGAAAGGGCCUUUUCCUAAUAUGUAGGGAAUACACAUCACCUUUUAACAUUACAGUCUGUGGCCUUACAGGGACUGGGGCACAAUUUUUAUGCAUAUAAACCAUCCUCUGGGUGGUAUUGAUCGGAAGCAUUAAGAUAUUUGGCUGGGAUUUUCUUCAAACAUUGACCUUCCCGCCCCUCUUGGGAGGGAAAUAUAGCUCAUCCAAAUAAACAGACAGACAUUUAAUGAAUGAGAAAAACAAAACUGUGAUCUGUAAUCUUAAGAUUUAAUUGGAAGUGGGUUUUCUCUCGUAUGUAUGUGGUUUGUGUUUAGGCUCCUUGUAAAGCAAACUGUAUAGUCUGAAACAGAAGCUCUUUGUAUAGUAGCCAUGUUGUUCUCUUUCUGACGCGUCCCCUUGAAGUGCAAUAUGGCUCCUUCUCCUCUCUGUCCAACAUCUGCAAACUCAACCCAAGGCAGUGACAGCUCAUAGGGAUUUUGUGUUGGGGUGGUUGUUUUUUUUAAGUGUUUCUGCUCUUCUGUCUCCAACUCCUUCCGUUUUCAGAAUGACUGAGAUCAUAAUUGGCUAACAAAUUGUCCUUUUACUAAAUGGAGUAGAUCUGCAUUCAGCAAGCCUUCUCAGUGACAGGUCUGAGACCUUUUUUCUGUUCUAUGCAGGACAUUUCCCAAGCUUUCAAGGUACAGAACUUUCCUAUCUACUUAAAAGCCUGAACAACCCAACAAGAGGUGACUAAAUAUUUAUGUGUUGGGGUUAAGGUUUGCUCUGGAAGCCAAUUCACUCGACUACCACUAUUGCUUAAUGUGGAUUCAUUAAAGUUGACUGUUGACUCUUCUUGUGGGUUUAGCCCCACCACCUAUCUGGAAUGUGGAAAGCCUUAAAUUCGUUAAAAGGGGACUGUUUGCGUUUGGAAGAAAUCGGUAGCAAUCCCCAGUAAAGACCCGCUGCUUGUCUUGACAGCCUGUGGCUUCUCUGUCAGCGAGCCUUCUUGGACCCCCCCCCCCCCGUUUUAUUUCACAAUCUCACUCCCUUUUCUUCCCCUUCCCGAUUCUGUCUUUCCUCUCCAUGUAGACCGCCAAACAUCUUUCAGUUCAUGAUGGCUUCCUCAGAGUGGAGAGCCACUCUCUGUCCUCAAUGUUAGAAUUGACACUGUAAAUUCUUAAAUAAAAUAUUUUGCGCUCUGGA